CUAGACUAGAAACGGAAGAUCUCCAAGUCCAAGAUGAGCAGGCGGGUGCCGGGGAAGGAGGAGGCCAGCAACGCGACCGUGGAUCUGGUAGCUUUCAACUGCCCCAGAUGCUCGCAACCCCUCAAGCCUCCAGUCUACCAGGUUCAUGCCGACACGGCUGGGAAGCUUGUAUGCUUUUGUUGCUACGACGAGGUUACCAAGAUGCCACAUUUUGGUCCGUCGCCGGAGUAUAGUCGCUGCUUCACGGUGGAGCGCAUGCUGGAGUCGGUCCGGGUCCCGUGCACCAACGCCUCGCGCGGGUGCGCCGCCAUGACGCCGUACCACCGAUGGGCCGAUCACGAGAGCAGCUGCCCCCAUUCACCCCAGCCCCCGCCCCCAAGCGUGUUGAGCGCGGCGGAAAUCUCAACGACCUAUUAUUAUCCUGCUCCCCCCUUUGGUCGGGAGGAAUUGUAUUGGAACUAG